CAAUUUGACUUUUUAUAUCUGCUUGUUUUUGAGCCAACAAAACUUUCAAGAAAAAAAUGUUGAAAAAAAUUGAUCGUGCUUGUAUUUUAUAGGAUGUUUCGUUUCCUAAAAAUUUUUCAUGAUGCACUUUCUUCUCAAAAAUGGUUUUGGAGUAACUUUGGCUCAGUUUUGCAAAUUUUGAAGGAUAUGGACGCUCAACAAAAAAUUAGGUAAACAUAAAAAUUUGUGUCUAUGACUAGGGGUUCAUUAAGGUGUCGCUUAUGAGUGGCAAAUUGUAUUUAUAAGUUGAUGUUAUGAAAGUUGCUCGUUGGAUCGUCGUUAUUAUUUAUUUAGAUCGAAGGGUCCUUUUCCUUGGCCUAGUAUAAUAAGAAUAAGAAUAAGAAUAACUUAUUUUUAUUUUUAUUCUGUGGCCUAACUGCAGUUGUGAAAAAUGAAUCGGCAAAAUGAUAAACAGAUAAUGCUGUUUGUUGUUUUUUAUAAAUUAACAAAGGAAGUCUUGUAUUGUCGGUAGACGCUGCUGAAUUCCCCGCGUUUACAAACAACAAAUCUAAAUGGCAUUCAUGUUGGUUGCUUCCUGAUUUUGUCAGUGACGUCACAAUUCGUGUCGCGUGAUCGAUCAACAACAAUUUCCUAUUAUUGCUCGAAGAGACAGUUUAUAUAAAAGAACUGAGAGUGAGAUGUAGCAAUAACAUGAUUUGCUAGUAUUUGAAAUAGACGGAACCAGACUUUUCAACUUAGAGGACACUGAAUUUGGAAUCAGCCCAAACGUUUCUAUAUCUGGAUCCUUGUUUGAAGAUCCUUAGUGGACACCACAGUCAACGUACACACAGGCAACGAAUAAUGUUAGAGUGGCCUAUCGCAUGAAUCAGGUUUUCAGAAGAUUCGACAUCUGAUAUAGAAGAACAAAGUAGCAGACAGUUAAAAUACCCUAGGCAAUGUCUCAGUGCAGAAUUAUCCGUUUCGUAGUUUCAGUAAUGGGCUUAGCCAGCCUUUGCAGCUGUGCUUUUGACGGGCAAGAGUGCCUCGACGCACACAACACGCUUCGGCGCAAACAUGUGGGAACAGGGACAUUGAAGUACUCCGAAGAGCUAGCUAAAGAGACUCAGGAUUAUGCCAAUCUUCUGGCGCUCUUGGAUGAGGAUACUAAGACUCCAAAGAGAGAUCUCCCGAAAAGAAGGCGCCGAAAUGUUGACCCCGAAGAAAAGAAAAAUUUUCAUAAGGAAAUGUGGGAUGGCGAGAUUCUUUUUCCGGAUUCAAAGUGGGAUUUGAAUAGAAAUAGAGAGAUUCACGUUGGCGAGAGCAUCCACAAAUUCUGCUGCUAUACUUUUUGCCCAAGAGAUUUUUUCCAUGGUCUGAAUUUUCCACCAUCAGCAAAAGGUGUCGUCAACCAUUGGUAUAAAGAAGUGAAGAACUAUGAUUUCGCUAAAGGAGAAAGCGUUUCUCCGAGUGCUCCAAUUAAGCAUUUUACGAACAUUGUUUGGAAAAAGACUACAGAGAUAGGCUGCGGUCAGUCCAAAAGGAGUAAAACAGGAUGCAUAUAUACGGUUACUCGGUACAGAAUUAUUGGCAGUAUUGGAGACCCAGAAAACUUCAAGAAUAAUGUUGCUGCGGUUGAUUCUGCGAAUGACUCGAGCAGUGCAAGGGCUAGCAGUUCAUUCCUAGUUGCAUUUGUCAUUGUAAUUGUCAUCGUUUUCAUCCUGGUUUCAUUGGGUGUAUUCGCUUACAUAAAGCGAAACCAAAUUAAGGAGGCCUAUUACGAGUGGCAAAUUAAACAUGAAACCAACAAGACAAUUGCCGCGCUUCAUGAAGAUUACGACAAAGGGAGUUUCCAUGGCAAGAAAAGCUUCAUAUACAGAGCAUCUUCGAAGAGAACAAGGCCAAGUAUUCUUGUAGUGCCAAAUGAGCCUCUACCAAACACUCUUCCUUUAGAACCACGUGAACCAGUCCCAACUUACGAGAAUCUUGUCGUCGUGUACCAGAGAGAAGACGAGUCUGUUAAUGUCUAUGAAAAAGUAAUAGAUGAAAAGAGGCAAUUACCUCUAAGGCCUAAAUCUCCAGUGAAAGCUGAUUUCCCUGCAUUGCAAGCUGCUCCUCCGCCUCCGCCUUCAGGAUGCAAGCCAACCUUACGAAUUGAUAGCUCCAGCGAGUACAUAGAACCUUCUUCUAUUGGAAAUGAAAGAAGUAACGCUUCAAAGGUAUGUUCGAAAAAACCCCUCUUACCGCAAAAGAAAAGUAACCCUGACAAGGUAGAAAUUGAAAAAAAGAAUCCAUCGGCGUCCAAUGUUGCUCAGGGGCCAAUUAGGGCUCCAAUACCCGCUCCACGUACACCAAAAAUUUCCAAUCCAGGCGAAAUUCCAGUAGCUGCUCCACGGCCACAAAGACCAAUGGCCCCUCCCAGAAAUCAGUUUGAUAGGACUAUAAAACCUGGUCGAGCAUCGAAGAAAAACCCAAAUUUCCGCACGCUACCAUUAAAUGACCGAGGUAGUCUAAGGCGACCUGAAAAGCUAGAAUCCAGCCCAAAUGAUUCCGGAACGCCGUGCCUUCCAGACAAUAAUGGAAACAGCAACGUUGCGGAGGAUAAAAAGAUUGAUGGUACAGUGGCGAAGAAACCUAUAGCUCCUCCUAAGCCACAAAUGGCUCCUCCUAAGAAAAGCUUACAAAAUGGAGAUGGCGAAAAGCCCUUGUUGACUAAGCAUCUGGAACCUGUGAAGGAGGAGAGACCAACCUCGGUUGCUGAAAUGCGAAAACUUCUGGAACAGAAAAGCCAGCGGUAGCUUAAAGCUUGAAUUUGGAUCGAGAAGUUGUGUGAACCAUGGCGUUGUGAUUUGUGAAAGAAAAUGUAAAGCCUAAGGUAUGUGUUUAAAGAAUAGAAAUAAAUAUUUUCGCUAGCUGUGACUGGCAUUUUGAGAAUAUUACGUACACACUAUUAAUGAAUGCGCCCUUGGAUGCUAGAAGAUGGGAUUGUGAAUCCUAUCCUAUUCUUUUCCAUCGCAAACUUUGAUCCAAUAUGUACUCGAUACUUUUAAAAGAGAUGUAUUCGAUAGUUUUAAAUUUACUGUCAAAUUUGUCAAUGUACAUCAUUGUUGCGUUUGCGGUUGUAUCAACACUGGCGUUUGGGCUAUGCUGCUUGGCCCAUUGCGAUCGUUUACGUUAUCUGCUGCGUUUACGAUUGUAUAAACGCUGGCGUUUGGGCUAUGCUGCUUGGUCAUUUGCGAUCAGUUACGUCAAUUGCCCGUUUGCAAUUGUAUCAAUGUUAGUGUUUGCGCUAUGGCUUUUGGCCUUAUGUCAGUUAUCUUGCAUUUCUCGUUAGAGAUGCUGGCUGGUCAACUUUUCAUGUAAAUAAAGUUUCUGUCUGGCCAGGCAGUGUAAGCAUAGCGAUUAGAACAUUCUAAAAUUUUAUACAAUAGGUUGCAUAAGGUAUUUUAGUUGUAAAGAAUAAGAGUGAACUGUGUAUAAAUAUAUGUAUUAUUUAUCUUACUGGGAAUUUUUAUUUCAAACGUAUGACAUGGAUUUGUAAAUUUGAAAUAACAUGUCAUUUUCAAUUUAGUUACAAAGCAAACUUCUACUUUGUCCUAAGAUUUUUUCUGCGCCAAGGUUCUUCCUAGCCGAUUAAUGAGUGCUAUUCCUUUGAUUUCAAAAUUAUUUUCAGUACAUUUUUGUACGUAGUUUAAGAUUUAAAUACAUGUUAGCCGAUUUCAUAGAAGCUAGCUUUUUAAUUUCUUGCUAGCUGCAUAAUUUUAUUAUUGGUCAUCCUACGCCGGUUUUUUAUACUUGUUUCUUGUUCGCCGCAUCACACCUCCUCGAUGUGCAAGGUUUAAUGUCUAGGUCUGGUUGCAAACGUGGUAUCUUAGCACCGGAAUCCCUCUAUCAUCUCUUGGAACUUUGAUUUGCAUUAUUCUGCCCCCCCCCCCCUUCUCCAAGAAAUUUGUCCGACUUAAGGCUAAGAGCGUAUCGAAUACCGAAUGUAAGGCUGAGAACAUAAUAAUCGUUUGUCUAUAGUGCGACUUGUCGUUAAAACAGAAGUCUAGAAAAUCUCUAAUUAGACAAACAUGAGUAUUGAGUUGCCUUCUGUAAUGACAGGACCUAGAGAUGGUUGUCUGGCCCAGUAAAUAGAUUAUAAAGAUGGCAAACUAUUUUAGACCAAUAAGCUUUUUGAUUCGUAAAAACCGACCUCCCUACUUUGAUCAGAUCGGCUCUUUCUCGGAUCCAAAGAAUGGAAAUGUAUUUUCAAUAUAUUACACAACAUACAUUCUGAAUCUGUUCUUGUAUCCCUGUCAACACCAUAUCGGCCCCCUAACAACCCCCUAUCAACACCUCCCCCAUAAGAAACCAUCUCAAUUAAAAUUCUUCGCUCCUGAUUUUUUUAGAAUUCGACUGUUUGUUUGAAUAACGUUUUGUUUUAUAUGCUAUUCUAGUUUUGUACAUAAGCUCCGAAGUAGAAAGGCAUUUCUUCAUUUGAUAGCAUUAAAUAUAUGUUAAAUAUUUAAGUAAUUCUGUGUUGUUCAAUAUUUUGUUUGUAGUACGUUGUUUCUGGAACAUUUGAAUGAAAUAGUAAGC